AAGGCCUGACCGGAUGUCCUGUUGUCGCUGACGAGGUUGACUCGGGCUAACUCGACGCUGCUGGUCCUCUGCUGGAUGGAUGACGUCAUGAUGCGAGCCUCCGCCGUCCGUGUGUCUCCAGCUGCGACAUGAAGACUCCCGCACUCGGUCACCGUCAGACACGUCCACGUCCGGUCCGCCACAGCCGGUAAACCACGAGCCGGUGUGGAGUGAUGCAGCAGAAGUUGUGUUCCAGAGGUUCUGGUUCUUUCCUCUUGGAGAGGAACGGUCAGGCCUGCGGCGCCUCCUGCGACCACGCCGCCGCCUCCUGCGACCUCCCGUUCCGCUGCCCCCGCUGCAGAGAGCAGGAGCGCUUCGGCAGCCUGGCCUCGCUGCAAGCCCACCUGGAGCACCGCCACUCGUACCGCUCGCCGGACGUGGUCGCCGCCGACAGCGGCUUCAGCAUCACCGGCAAACUCCCCGACCCGCUGACGGCAGCGAUCCCCUGGCACGACAUGAGCCUCCCGACCCGCAGGGGGCAGCAGCAGAGGCCGCCUCACGCUCGCUCCCUCAGCGACAGCAGAGACGGCGGGUACCUCCACUGCUACGGCUCCGUGAGGAGGCGCACGCAGAGCGUCGGGGUGGGGACGCAGGCCGAUGAGGAGGAGGAAGACGGGGGCACAGAAGAUGAAGAUGUAGAAGAAGAGGAUGAGGAGGAAGAUGAUGGCGAAGGGAGAGAUGGUAGUAGAAACGAGGAGGAUUUUAAGAAGUUGGACGCAGGGCACCAUCACUUCCUGUUCCGUCCUCUGGCUCCUCUCAGACCCCCACCGGACCCAGACCCGGACCGGGACCUGGUCGAGCAGAACUCCUACUCGGGUCUGGAGACGGCAGCAGCCUCAGCGGCCGUGCGCCGGCGCCUGGCGAGCAUCCUGCGCGCGGCCGACAGCACGCAGCAGCGGCGGCUUGCCCGAGUGAGCACAGAGCUGGCACAGACGGACACGGAGCUGCUGUGCGAGCGCGCCCACUCGCAGCACCUGGCCCACGAGAGGCAGGAGGUGGCGGAGCGGGAGCGCUCGCUGAGCCGCCAGGUGGACGUGGCCGUCAUGGUGAUCGCAGCGCUGAGGGAGCAGCUCAACGCCUCGGAGAACGAACUGGAGCGACGAGAGAGGGAGGUGAUAACCAUCCAGAAGUUUCUGGAAGCGGCGGCGCGACAGGAGACAUGCGGCAAAGUAAGAAUCCAGUGCUUUAUCGAGAACCUGCUGCGACGCAUCGCUCUGGCCGAGCGGCUGGUGGAGUACUACCAGGUCAACGGCAGUCCGCCACAGUGCAACCACUACAGGCACCAGCAGCCGACUGACACUGGACCUCACAGGAUCACUAAGAGCAGGUCAGCGGGAGGUCCACUGUCCUCGGCCGGUUUCCACGACAACAGGACCCGCUCCUCCUCCCAGUUCAGCGGCUGUCAGCUGUUCUCCCAAGCGGGCGAGAAACGAGAGCGGGAGCACCGGGAGCGGCUGGCCCAGUCGUCCAGGCUCUUCUGCCGACCCGAGCACAGAGACGACAUCUGGAACCACCAGCGCCGCCCGUCCGCCGGGUACGAGGCCUAGAAGGGGUGGGGACACCGGGGAGAGGGGGCGUGUCAGCGAGAGGGGGGCGUGUCAGCGGGUAAAAACCCUUUCACACAGUGACUUUACUUCAGUGUGAUAACCUGUGGAAAAGUUCUACAAGGUCACAGUCACAUCCACAUUCUUUGGAGUCGUUAUUAAGCCACUCCUAAUGACUUUAAUAUUUAAUAUUAAUAAUUUAAUCUUAUUUCAUUAAACAAUUCCGCUUCUACAGUAAUGUUCAUUUAAGACAAUACUUUCUGGUAAAUUGAUAAAGUGUCUUUGUGACAGUAUUUAAUGUUGAAAUAAAAAAAUCAAAUCAGAUUUAUUUUGACCACGAACCUGGCAGGCCAAAUUAAGGUUUUCUUCAAAUGUAUAUUUCUGCCAUAAAAAAGAUCUGCGUAAAAGAUCGUCUGUUGUACAAGAUGUUCACAAAACAUAAAUAAACCCCCCGGAAUAUAUGUCAAAUGAUUUAAAAAACGUUACGUUAAAUGUUUUAGUUAUUGGUAAACUGUUACUUCUUUUUUUUACGCUAUAGUAAAACCUGAAACGAGACCGUUUUCUGUGGGAAAAUUAUAAUGGAGGUUUUUCAAAGUUUACUAUCAUGUAAUUAACAUUUAAUAUGUAAUUAGUCAAUAACAUGAAUAGUUGUCCGUCGCGGCCCUAAAUAUAUAAAACUGAAGAAAUACACAAUGCAGUAACUAACACUGAACAACAGGGUUUAACAACAUUAUGCAAUAAUUAAUAUUACUGCAUGGAAUCAGUGUAUUCAAGUACAUAAACGUGUACAGAUUUUGUGUUAUUGAGCAUUUUGUACUUUUCCAUAGAUUAUUUUACUGAAAUAAACCAUUGCACAUUCUUUCCACUGGGUGGGACGUAAGUGCAGCUAUAUGUUCACUAUUCAAAUGUAUAAAUGAUUGACAGCUUUUCGUCUUUGGUCAAAUCUGACAGCACAAAUCCAUAAAGUUCAGUUAAAUCUCAGUUUUUUUUAGUGAUACUGAUGUUGUGGAUUCCUUCCUCUGUAUUUUGGAGAAAUUUCAGGUAGAUUUUUUCGUUAUCUCUUUUCCAUUUCCUGACUUAAGAUUUAAUGACAGACGAGUCUGAUCAUGGAAACGAGUUGUGACGAGAGUUUUUCUCCUGAAUCAGAGGGACUGAUGCUGACGACACGUCCUCUCCUCCGGUCGAACCUUUACACGUCGGCCUGGUUCCCAAAAAAAAACUCCCCAUCAGUCCAGUCGUCUGCUUCCUGUCUGUGCUUGAAAGGCCGAACGGUGGCGAUCGAUCCCGAUUGACGUCGUUCAUUAUUCGAUAUUAGCCUGAUAUUAGCCCGGCAUCAGGAACAUUAGUCGCAGUUUGUUUGACGUGCAGGUUAAAGUCCCAACACAACUUUAUCACCUGAACCAUUAAGCAGCUCAUAAAGCUAAUGUUAGCUUAGCACGUCAUGCUAACCUGCUUUCUACCUACAUUAGCACAUCAGCUUUACCUCAGAGGCUAAGUAGGAUUUCGUGCUACAUUAGUUCAUGACGUUAAUGUUUGAAAACACAAAUAUGUAUAAAUGUAAGCUAAGCAGCUAAUAAGGCUAAUGUUAACUUAAUUAGCCACACAGUGUCUGUGCCUGGCUACAUGUACGAUGCAGACGUUAGCAUGUUAAGCUAACCAGCUUUCUACCUACAUUAGCGCAUUAGCUCUAUUUCAGAGGCCAAGGAGAAUUUCAUGCUACAUAGCUCACAGAGCUAACGUUAGCUCAAUUAGCUUGAUGGUUUUCCCACCAACAGACGUUCCUGAAGCCGCUUGUGUCUCUCAAGAUUCCUAGCGGCUCAGAUGUAUGAAGCUAAUGCCAAUUUGAACUUGGAGCGUCGUUGUGACGUGGACUUUGGGAACAUGGCCCACAUUGUUCGUCGAUGCGGUUUGUUCUUAGCACAGACAGGACUCUGAUGACACCAGACCUGGGUCGGGCGUGGGCUGCUUUAGGACCAAUCUAUGGAGACGGUCUGCUGACUGUCCAUAGAGGGAAACGUUAGAUACAUGUUGACCUUUGGCCCUUCCGUACACUGCUGCCACAGCAGGAUGCUAAUCCAGAGACGUGGUGGAGGGUAAAUCCAGAUACGCACAAGUUUCACACCCACUUCUUCUUUUGUACAAUAGUCCACCUUUCUUUAAAGGAGCAGCACAACAUUUUUUGGGAAGGACACUUGUUGUCAAUCUAAGUCAGCUGCAUUCAGGCUGUGUUAGCCUAGCUUAGCACAAAGACUGGAGGGUGGAAUCUGCCAACUUGCUAACUUAUUUUUAAUGAAACUAAAUAAAUGUGAGCUGUUUUUUUAUAUAUAUUUCAGUUGGACCCACUGUAAGAAAAAAUAUAAAAGGAGAAUGUCACUCAGUAGAGCUCAGACCUCCAUCGACAACAGUCCGGAUCCACACAAAAAUGUUAUGGAUUCCUUCUUGGCCCACGCUACUAACUUUACUGGAAAUCUGUUCAGUGGUUUUCAAUCGUGCUAGAAAACAAUCAACAAAGAAACGGACCUGGUUUAAACCAGUCUCUGUGCUCAAGGAACAAACCUGUUUGGUUUUACCCUCCACGACACUAUUUUCAGAGAUUUAACAGAAGCCUUGUACAUGCAGCAGCCGCCCGGCUCAGCUCUGGACGACACCACACGCACAGUAUAACGAAUGUACUCCGAGUUAAUGUUCUAGCUCAAACCGGAAAAAAGAGACGCCGCAGUGUUUUUUUGAGGACCCGACUCUGAAACUCGCGCGCCUCGCCGGCAACAGAAACGGGUGGAGAUUCUCCGACCACAUGAACACGAAUGACGUCGUAUCAACGCUUUCAUCCAAAGUGACUUAACAGUGCCGUGACUUCACACAGUACAUCUGCAGUAUACUGAACGGCUGGUGGCGGCUUCUUCAAUACGACCAUUCCUCCGUUUUUAAGCGUCAUUUUGUUGCACUCAUCCAAUCACGAGAACGUACGUGUAACAGAUGGUAUGCGGUGUAAAAAAAUUGUACCUUUGCUGUCACUGGAUUAGGUUUCGUCGACGGUGUUAGUAGAUAUUUUGUAUACAAAGCUACUAUGUGUCGUCAAGUGGAAGUAGUCGUGGUCGUCGUUGAGCUCGGCAGAACAUUUAUCUGCGUCACCAACACAAAUGUCUUUUUAGUUUUCAACAGGGGGUCUGCAAGGUCCUGGAAAGGUCUUAAAUUGUGUCAGGUAGAUUCAAGGCCUUCACAAGUUUCUCUUGAACACAGCUACAUAAAAAAAGAAAAAUCGGUUUUCAGAAACCUAAACGUGAUCGUCCUUCUGAAGACGCUUUGCAGACGCUUCUGAUGCUUCACUUCAAAUUAUAAUUGGCACGAUACCUUUUUAUUUAAAAGCAAAAACGUCCAGACGAGCGUUUUAGCUCCGCGUCUGAAAUAUUACGCUGAUGCGACGGGUAAACAGGAAGUAGAUUGUCUGCUCUGCGGUCGGUUGCUUGGUAACGGAAAAAUCCUCUGAUGGAGGAACAGCGAUGGUAAAAAAAAAAAAAGCAGGAAUGACGGCGACGAGGUGGAACUGUUACCGACAGGAAGUGUUAGCGAUGCUUUGCCUUCACUGGUCGUCGAGUCCAGUUCACGCCACAUGACCAGUGGACGUGAAUGCACGUUAUUUCCGAUACAGAGCUUAAAAACUCGUCCGGACAAAGAUCGAUUUAAUUUGAAAGCAUCUGUUGGUGUGAACGUCGCCUGAGCUACGGUGGUGCCAAUCAUAUAGUUUAAAUAUAAUCCAUAUUGAAAUAUUUUCAUGUAUUUAUGAUGAUGUGUUGUGUUUUUUGUUUUUCAUCAGUUUACAAACAGAUUGAAAUAUUAUAAUUUCCCUUUUACCCGAUGUUUAAUGGAAAACAGUAUAAAUAUUGAAUAUAAAUUGUAAGUUAUGAUUUCAAUUCUUCAUGGGCUUGAACACGUCGGUGGAGAACUGGAGUUUGUUCUGGUGCUCACUCAUUGGACGGUGGUAGAAGAUGCAUGACGCAGCCCCACCAGUACUACUUCUACUACUACUACUACUACUACUACAUAUGUAGCUGUUGUGUUACUGUGAAAGCAUGCUUCAUGUGUAGCAAAGAGUACUUUAUGAGAUACUGUUAUCCUGUACUACUACGUGUACUUUUGUAGCAGAGCGAGGUCUAUUUUAAUGGCGUUUGAACCGAGAGUUGCACUAAACCAACCGAGAGCACUUAGCUUGGAGCAGCUGGAUUUUGCAUGAUGGGAGCGUGGUGUUCCAGACAAUCAGCAGGGUUUGUGGAAAAGUCUGGAAGAUGAAUGCUUUAUUACCUAACUGUGUUUUGGAAAUGUUUUAAAGGGUAAAUGUGCAAUGGAAGAAGACAAGUGGGAGAAAACGUAAGCGAAACAAGUUAACGUUAGUUUGAUCGUGACACUUCCGUCUCUCCCGGAGAUGACGUUAGCUUUUAUGUUUGCGUAAAACUGUUUUGCCACAGCCAAGUUUUAAAAUCUCCUGGAGUUCGUCAUGUUCGUCUGUAGGGAUUUCGUUUGCAGAAGUGAUCUCUAGUUUCGUGCCUUUCACUCUGAACCUCUGUCGUCUGUAUAAACACUGUGCAAAAUGCAAUACUGUGAAGACCUGGAAUAAUUUUCAUGUUCUGUGUGGAAGAUUCCAUGGAAGAUUAAACAUCACGUGACACCAA